AUGGCAACUCCAAUGCUCGACCAGUUCCUAGCUAGCAUAGCAGAUCUGGUCUCCAAACGACAGGGCGAUAAUCUCCAAGAUUACCUUCAGGUCGUACCGGAACAGAUGCGAGAUGGCUACCGACACAUGGCUCUGGAGUUACAAAAAGCUUAUCCGAAGGGACCGGGCGAUGAACGCUUAUUAAAACGGUGUGAAGCUUUAGUUCCUAAAACUGCAGACGGAACAACAUGGCCUGCGUUUCCUCUAUUUAUCCGGUCUUACCUCGCAUACUUGAGGGACGGCAAUGUCUCCAAUUUGUUAGAAGCAUAUAAAGCUCUGAGCGCUCUUUUGAAUCAAUGUCUGCAGGCCCUCGGAGACAGCCAGAUGGGUGCCAUCGUUCUGCGCACCGUCGUCUACUUGUCGCAGAUCGUCGCCAGUCUUGCCAUGACACUUGAAAAGAACCCCCAGUUGCUGGCUCAACUCCGACUUGAUCGACCACAGGAUGCCUUUGAACGAACAAGUCUAGUAGAAGAUGCUGCCAAUGUUGUGCGAGAGGGAUUUAUCAAAUGUUUAUCUGAUCGUGGCGGUGCCGCUGGUCCAAAAGCUAGGCCAGAAGGAAAGCGCGCCGGAAUAUACCUGAUGGCUAACCAUUGCCUGAAACUGCUCCACAAAUGUGGAAAACUUAGAAGCGCAGAUACAAUUUUCAAGAGUAUCUCUGCCCAAUCACCUCCGCUCGAAUAUUAUCCCGCAGCGCACCGGGUCACCUACCUCUACUAUCUUGGUCGGUACCUAUUUGCAAAUAACAGCUUCUACCUCGCUCGAAAUGCGCUGCAGGAAGCUUACAACCAGUGUCAUGUGCAGUGCCUCAAGCAAAAGCGACUGAUCCUCAUAUACCUAAUAUCGUGCAACGUCAUUAUGGGACGAUUUCCUUCUCUCCAGCUACUACAGAAACCUGAGGCCCAGGGUCUCUAUGAUAUCUUCUAUCCCGUGUGUUUGAUCAUUCGGUCAGGUGACUAUCUAGCUUUUAGAAAACAUUUUGACGCUGGUAGUCCUACAGGGCAAUGGUUCUUGCGAAAGAGUAUGUUAUACCAGAUGCGAAACCGCUGUGAACUUCUCGUAUGGCGGUCCUUGGUGCGAAAAGUAUUCCUUCUUGGUGGUUUUCAUGGAGACCCCUCCGCCCAACGUGGCCCUCCACCGAUCUUACAUUUGAGCAAAGUUGAGACGGCCGUCCGAUUGUUGCAAGCUCGUCACGGAGUGAAAGUUUCUCUCGACAUUUCGACCUCGAAGUCGUCAGGAACGAACAUUAUUACUAUUCGUUUGCCCGCUGAUAGCGACUACGAUGGCAUAGCCGGUCUUGUAUCCAAAACAUCUGAUCCCGACGUUGACGACUAUCUGUUCGCGCAGAGUUAUUACGACGAGAAUGGAGAAUUAAUUGAGAACCCCGGUGGACAGAUUGUUCCAGGUCCUGAAUAUGAUGAAUAUGCCGACCCAUUAGACGAUCUAGUCCCAGAUAUUCAUGGAGGCUAUACCGAAACCGAACAUGUAUCAAGGCUCCUGCAGGAGAUCGAAUCUAUCGUGGCUUCCUUAAUUAAACAGAAUUUACUUGGUGGUUACUUGACGCACAAUCCGGCACGAUUUGUCAUCCCUGGAGCCAAACACGUCGGCGCUAUGGCAAAGGGAUUCCCCAAUAUUUGGCAAACUAUCAGCAGUCAGCAGCACAGUUACGGCGAGGAUGUGCCAGCCUGGAUUAUCGCAAAACAACCACUGCCGACACAGUCAGCAUUUCCUGCUGGUGCUCCUGGUGGUGGGCGCGUCAUCAAUCUCAAGGGUGCAAAGGCGGUUGGAUCGUGA